GUCGCGACGAAAAUUUCAGUUUUUAAAAACAAACGUGCCUAAACAUAUCAUUCAGAUAUAACGCAAAAAGACAAAAGAGAGGAAAUUAAAUCACGUGGAAAACAAGGAACACGACAAAGCAGAACAGUCUCACUAUUCCCGCGUUACCCACUCCAUACAAUCCGCCACGUGUCCCUUCUUCACGCGCCAGUCAGCGCUGAUCUUCUUCCUCACUUGUCACUUCCACUCUUCAUAUAUAAAUCCACACAGCCGCAAAUUCGAAAUCAACCAGAUUAUAACAGAAUUAACUAUACAACUGAAACUCGCGUUAAGAAAUCUUGAACCGGAACAGAAUCCAAUUCAACCAAACCGAACCAAACCGGGUUUCUUUUCCAAUGGUGAAGCAAGCGAUCAAGGAAGAGGAGAAGACGAGAAACACGGCGAUGCAGUCAAAGUACAAAGGAGUGAGGAAGAGGAAAUGGGGAAAAUGGGUAUCGGAGAUCAGACUUCCACAUAGCAGAGAACGUAUCUGGUUAGGCUCUUACGACACUCCCGAGAAGGCGGCGCGUGCUUUCGACGCCGCUCAAUUUUGUCUCCGCGGCGGAGACGCUAAUUUCAAUUUCCCAGAUAAUCCACCGUCUAUCUCCGGAGGAAGGUCGUUGACACCUCCGGAGAUUCAGGAAGCGGCUGCUCGAUUCGCCAACAUAACCCAAGACAGUGUUGUUGUUGUCAAGGGAGAAGGAGAAGAAGAAUCGGGUUUAGUACCCGGAUCCGAGACCCGACCAGAGUCUCCUUCUACCUCUGCAUCUGUAGCUACAUCGACGGUGGAUUAUGAUCUUUCGUUUUACGAUUUGCUUCCGAUGGAUUUCGGGUUUGAUGACUUCUCCGACGAUCGAUUUACAGAGAUUUUACCCAUCGAAGAUUACGGAGGAGAGAGUCUAUUAGAUGAAUCUUUGCUUCUUUGGGAUUUUUGAAUUCCCAAACAAUUUUUUUUAAUUUUUUAGCGAAUUGAGGUUUUCCUUGGAGUCAUGGAGUAACCUGGAGAUUUUUGUAACACGGAGCUCCAAUGACCCGGGAACUUCUUUAGUUUCGGAUCCGAAUUUCUUCUGGAUCAUACCAAUCAUUCAUUCCUAUAUUUUUUCAAUUUUCUUUUGUUAGUAAUAAAUAUAUGUUUAUGUCCCUUUCUAGUUCGAUGUGAAAUCCCGUAGAGUUUUGGGAGAUUAUAUUAUUCGGCCCAGAAUCUUAUAGUUGGGCCUUGAGCUAUAAUCAUUUUGUUCAGCCCAUUGUUUUAAAUGAAUUCUCAUGUUAAGUA